UCUUCUAUUUCCAUUAAACGAAUCCUGUAAUAAGACUCGUGCUUUGCGAGCCUCCAAAUUCCGACAUGGCACACAGUUCGUCGUUGCCACCAAAAGCCGCCCAAAAGCCGGUGUGUCUGACAUUACCACUGGCGUAUCUGCCCGACAUACCAUACAAAUUGACUUUCCUACGCAGCAUCAGUAACUGUGAUAAUGAAGUCGAACCUGGCAAGCAGCAACACAACACACCACCGAAGAAAAGAAAAAUUAUAAUCACCAACCAAGUCGACUACGCUCUUCGUCCAGGCCGCCAGCAUCUCCACCGCCCUGGCCGCUGCCGGCGCAAUCGCAAACAUGUCCGUCUUCGACGUCCCCAUGCUCGCAUCUCAACCCGCAUCCCGCUCCCUCCCCCUCAUCCGCUGGCUCUUCAGCCGCGGCUCGCAUAUCUUCCCCACCGCCGCCUUUAUCUCCAGCUCUGGCUUCGCAUACCUCUCCUACGCCGCCUUACCCCCAUUCACCCGCAGGAUGUGCACUCUGCUCUCAAGCCUAACAGCAGGCGGCCAGCCGACCUGGUACGCCGCCGCCGCAGUGCUGGCCAUCAGCAUCGCGCCCUGGACUGCGCUUGUUAUGGUGCCGGAAGUAAAUUUUGAGCUAAUCAGGCAGAAUGAGGAGAAAGGCGGAAAGAGGAGUAAAGACACGCCGGAUGAGGCCACCGGAAGGAGUGCGGAGGAGAGUGUGAAUAGCGAGGGAGAUAGGAGUCAGUGGACGGACUUGAGUGGGCCACAGGAGCGGACGAGGGAGGAUAGCACGGCGGAGGAGGAUGCGGAGGUCAAAGGGCUGUUGGAGGGGUUCGGGAGGCUGAAUGGCGUGAGGGUGGGGUUGAUUGGGGUGGGAGGUGUGAUGGGGUUGGUUGGGGCGCUGAGUGGGUAGGGGGUGAAGAGGGUCGAUGGUGUGCUUGAUUAUGGGAGGGGAUUUUAGAGGGUGGAGUGUUGGGAGAGACUGCAUGCCUUUUCCGGCUGCAUUGCACGUGCAAAGGUCGACUAUGUCGAGGUGGGUCUUUGGGAGCAAGAAUAGAACGAAGUCUGCACUUAGCUGGGGGUAUACGAACACCGACCUAGCUAGGAGCCAGCAGUCUUCUGUUUGUGAUCGAUUUUUCUCGCUCGUUUCCCCCGGCAGGACAACUCCAGUAACAGCAAUUCCCUGCGAAGCUGAGGUGAACAUGUUCAUUUGUGUGUUCCGGAUUUAGCUUAGCUUAGCGGGGCUAAUACGAGAUUGCCUAUUAUAG